AAUUGGAACAUGAUUUGUUAGCUAAAUUUCAUUACGGCUGAAGAGAAUAUAAUCAAUUUGCAUUUUUAAAUUUUUUGCAGGUCCAUCAAAAGAUUGUAAGAAAAUGGAGAUAUUGGACAGCCAAAAUGAAGAAAAAACAGAUUUGUUAUGCUCCUUAAAAGCCAAGUUACAAGCUAUAGAUUCUUUGGAGCUUCCCUUAUCAUCAGGAUGUUGCAUCUACAAAGUGCCACCAAAAAUUCGGAAAGUGAAUGAAGAAGCCUACACCCCUACCUUGAUAUCAAUUGGUCCGUUUCACCAUGGAGACAAGAGACUGGAAUCCAUGGAAGAGGUCAAACUAUGGUGCCUCAACAACUUUCUAAAGAGGAGUAAAGAGAAAUUGUUGGAGGAUUAUGUUCAAGCUGUGAGAGACUGGGAAGAUGAAACUAGACGUUGUUAUUCAGAAACCAUACCGAUGAAGAGCAAUGAUUUUGUAAGCAUGAUUCUAACCGAUGGUUGCUUCAUCAUUGAGUACUUUCUCUCAUGUCUAGGGCUGUUAGAACAAAACCCUUGGCGUUUUAAAUUAUGGCCAACGUGUGACAUAAACCUAGACUUGAUUUUACUCGAGAAUCAAUUGCCAUUUUUCGUCCUUAAAGGCCUAUUUGACCUAACUUUUCCCACUGGCUUCAAUGAUAGGUUUUCAUUCACUGAGAUAGCCUUCAAUUUUUUUAGGAGAGUGUUCCUACACCAUAUUGUUACAAAAAAGGAACUCCGUUGCAAGUUUACUUUUAAGUAUUUUCAACAACACUACCUUGAACAGACGACUACUACUCAAUUUGAAUCAUCUACAGUUACAAAAGUGAUCCAUCACCUGAAUGCUAUGCUAAGGAUGUUUUACCUACCAAAUCAAUUACCAAGAAGAGAAUUUGGCAAAGUGAAGCCUGUGUAUGGUGCAAGACAACUACGAGAGGCAGGGAUCAAAUUUCAGGUCAAUGAACAACAGAAAAGCAUUACUGAUUUGAAAUACUCAAAGGGAGUGUUGAAGAUACCAUAUUUUCAGAUCAGUGAUUGGACUGAGAUGGUGGUUAGAAAUAUGGUUGCAUUUGAGCAGUGUCACCUCGCUCUUGAGAGCUAUGUGACAGAUUAUGUGACCCUCUUGAACUAUCUUAUUGACACUGGAAAAGAUAUUGAGCUCCUUGUUGAGAAAGGAAUCAUGGACAACUUGUUGGGCAGCAAUGAUGAAGUGGCUUCCCUAGUCAACAGCCUUGACAAAAAUACCGUGUUCAUGACUUGCAACAGUGAUUAUCAAUCUCUAUGUGAAGAAUUGAACAAGUUCUACGAGAAUCCUUACCACAAGUACAAGGCAGUCUUUAAGCAUGAGUACUUGAGCACCCCUUGGAGAAUAGCAUCUUUUAUUGCUGCAAUUUUGCUCCUUAUACUCACUCUAAUUCAAACAAUAUGCUCUCUCCCCUUUAUUAAUAAAUAG